GCCCCUGGCCCGGUGGAAACUUCAUACCCCUUUCCUCAGGUGAGGCGAGUUGGUUAAGGUACGAACUUGCUGAGUAGAAAAGUGUGAAAAUAUUUAAAGCCGUGCCUACAUCCUGUUGAUCGGGUACUUUAAAAAAAAGCUCAGCUCAGAGGCGCUGACUCGCAGGGCGGCGGCAGCGGCAGCGGCAGCAUCGGCAGCAUCGCUCCUUGGAGCAGCGGCAGCAGGAGCGCACCCCCUCGGCCCCCAGCAGCCCCUCGUGCAGGCCCUCGGCGGUCUCCGCUCGUAGCCUCUGGCCAUGGACUCGGUGACCGUCUACCACGGGAAGAUCAGUCGCGAGACCGGGGAGAGGCUGCUGCUUGCCACGGGCCUGGACGGCAGCUACUUGCUGCGGGACAGCGAGACCGUACCCGGAGUCUACUGCCUCUGCGUGCUGUAUCAAGGUUACAUUUACACCUACAGAGUGUCCCAGUCAGAAACGGGUUCUUGGAGUGCUGAGACGGCACCUGGGGUACAAAAACGAUUAUUCCGGAAAAUAAAAAAUCUCAUUUCAGCAUUUCAAAAGCCGGAUCAAGGCAUUGUAAUACCUUUACAGUAUCCAGUAGAAAAGCAGCCUUCACCUCAAAAUACACAAGGUACUGGAGAAGAGAAAGCCCUGAUGUCUACAUGAAAGCACCAUGAAAACACAUUUAUUUUAGAUAAUUUAACUAGGCCUUUAGGUGUUCUCUCUUGUGUAUAUAACUCCAUAAUCUUUUAUAUUGUAGAUAAAAUUAAGUGAGGAACAAAUUUGUUUCAGAAAAUCACAUUCUUGUAAUGGAAGCUUCUAGCCUGAUAAAAUGUCCAUGGUCUUUUCAUGUAAUAUGGAAUUGUAAAAUGAGAAUUGGGAGCAAAAUUGUAUUGCAUUAACUUUUUAUGUACUUUUUUUAGUUAUAUGUAUACAAAUAGGAAAUGUGUGCCUUUAAAACCAAGAAUGAUUGAGAAUCUAGUGUGUAGAUUGAAGAAAUAUUUUAAUGUUAGUAAGGUGUUGUUUUUGGUAACAAUAAAAACUGUUAGUUAAAACAUCCUUUUUAAUAAAGAAAUUUUGGGAUUCACUGAUUUUUAAACAAAAUUAUAUUACUUGGCUAAUUUUUUUUUUUAACAUUGGGCAUGUAUCACAUUCUGUUCCCCAUUUGGCACUUUUGAUUAAAUAUGGUAGCAUUUCAUAUCCUAUGAUGAUCCUUUUGAUUUUUUUUAUUUUUAUUUAUUUAUUGUUUAUUUUUGGAAAAUAAUCUUGGGUAUCAUUUUGAUCAGUUAUGCCUGUGAAUCCAUCUUGGGUAAGAACCCACAGAAGUAAAAAUAUGCCCAUAUUGCUAUUUGACUAAGGAUUUGUAAUUAUAAGUUCUUGCCUUGCUGUGAGCCACCUUCCCCCCUGCUGGACUUGCCGCUACCACACAAACUUUUAUUGUUAAUGGAAGCUUUAAAUUUGAAAGACAUGUUCUUGGGGUGGAUGGCUUUCAGUGCUUUUGUUAUUUCUGAGUUUCUGUUAUGAAAUGAGUGACAUGCUUGUAAAUAACUUUAUUAGUAUAUUGAGCAAUAAACUUCUAUGCCCAAUGUAUAUUGGUAGAAAGUUCA